AUGUCUGCUGGGAGAAUUCUUGCUUUCUUGUCCCCACUGUGCCCAGGACUGUGGGGCCUGGUGAAUAACGCCGGCAUUGCCGUGCCUGUGGCACCCAAUGAGUGGCUGACCAAACAGGACUUCAUGAAGAUCCUCAACGUGAACCUGCUGGGGGUGAUCGAGGUGACCCUGAGCCUGCUGCCCCUAGUGAGGAAGGCGAGGGGCCGCGUGGUCAACGUCUCCAGUGUCAUGGGCCGGGUGUGCCUUUUUGGUGGGGGCUACUGCAUCUCCAAGUAUGGCGUCGAGGCCUUCUCAGAUUCCCUCAGGAGGGAGCUCUCCCACUUUGGGGUGAAGGUAGCUAUAAUCGAGCCAGGUUUCUUCAAGACCACUGUGACCAGUACCAAGGUGCAUUCUCAGGAAUUCCAAGAGGCCUGGGACCGGGCCAGCCCAGAGAUCAAGGAGAUCUAUGGGGAGAAGUACCUGGCAUCCUGCAUGAAAUCAAUUAAAUUGUUGAAGAAAAGUUACACGGAAGAUCUUUCCUUGGUCACAGACUGCAUGGAACAUGCCCUGACCGCCUGCCACCCCCGCACCCGAUACUCAGCUGGCUGGGAUGCCAAGCUCUUCUACCUCCCCAUGAGCUACAUGCCUGCCUUCUUGGUGGAUGCCAUGAUCUACUGGCGCUCCCCAAAGCCUGCCAAGGGCAUGUAGCCCAAUACUUGGGUGCACAGUAUGGUGGACUUGGGUACUAUGUGAGGGAGGGAUGCAUCAGGGGGAGGGAAAUAGAGUGGAGAGAGGGGCUCUCAUGUCACCAGGGACACCCAUCUCACCUCCCUCUCUACCUCCUCCCCAGUCUUCUCCUGGGGCAUUACUCAGUACUCUGGGGAUGUUAGGAGGAAGGAACCAAAUUUGACACCUGAGGAACUGGGACCCAAUAGCACAUAUCUAUGUCCUCUUUCUUGAGUGGCCUCUCAAGGCUCAGAGCCUCAUGACUUUCCUGCUACCCCGAGGAAUCCACACUUUUGGGGAGUGUGAGCAGUUGGGAGACACUCAGCCCCUCCUGAACCUGCUCUGCCUCUGUCCUCCUCCCCAGUUGUGCUUUGGUCCUGGCCUGUCUCUCCCUCCCACGGGAUGGAAAGGACCUGGAAGAAGUGAAGUCUCCUCUCCACUGAAGACAUCUGUGGACAGAGGUGGAGGUGUGGAGCGUGACACCAGCCUGACCAAUCAGCCUCAGGUGCCAACUCACUAGGGAGGCCUGCCAUGUGAGCUUAUGACCAUUCCUACCCCUGAGAGGAAGAGCCUCUAUGGGUCCAUUGGAAAUCAAUAGGCACGGUGAAUGAAGAGCUGCGUGUGAAGAUGCCUUAAUCUAUUGUUCUAAAUGUGAAACAGAUCUUUAUUGUCCAAAGAAAUGCCUGAAGGCUUCUAGUUCCCUUUAUUUGAAUGUAAUAUUUUAGCCAAUUUUCCAAAAUUGCUAACAUAUUCCAACUUAAUCUAAAGUUGCUUGGCCCCAUGGCCGAGUGGUUAAGUUCACGUGCUCCGCUGCAGGCGGCCCAGUGUUUCGUUGGUUCGAAUCCUGGGCGCGGACAUGGCACUGCUCAUCAAGCCACGCUG